GGUCGCCGAAAGUGCUUCCUCGCCCACCCCCCGGGGAGGGGAUCCUUGACCUGUGGCGCUGGGUGCGGGUGUCCACUACAUGAUGAUGAUGAUGAUGAUGCGACGCCCCAAAAGAGCCACUUUCCCUUCGUGUUUGGGAAUUUGUGAUGCUAAGAUGAGCAUGAUAUGCUACGUCUGUGAUGCUUCGGAACUACUAGCUAAACAGGAUUACACUACGAGAGCAAACUUGUCAUGCGGAACAACCAUAGCUGGUUGAUUUGUCCUUUAAGAUGGCCUGACUGUCAUAAGGAGUUAGAUCAGUUUGUAGAACCCAAUCUGUUUAUGCUAGCAAGAGGGCUAGUGCGCUGUGAACCCCCAGGACCAGGUAGACUCAGUCCCGACCGAAGUGGUAGGCGCUUAGGGUGAACUAUGUAUGUAGCGCUUAGGGCCCCUCCGUGCGGCCAUAUGGCCAUAUGUAUGUCCCGCAACGGGGUUCGCGUCGGUCAUUUGUAUGUGAGGCGAUGGGCUACCCGGUCGGCAGAGCCGAUCCACACGAACGAACGAGCGAAGAUUUUCCAUCUUGACUCUGGUGUGGGGACAUUUUUCCUCACAAUAGACUGUCAGAAAACAUGCCAGGAGAACGUCCAGAAAAUGGGACUGGAAGAGAGGCGGCAAUUGUUCGAUUGCAUUUUCAAAGUCAACACCAGCGUAUCAAAUGCAAAAAUGUCUUGGUCUGGAACAAAGCAACUUGUCAUGCUAAAUCUGAAUCAUGUAAAAAUCUGUGCUGCAUGAUUACCAAAAACUGUCCACUUUUGACCUAAUCGAGCGGCAGUUUCUAAUGCAGGACGAUAGGCAUGAUAGAACUCUCACAGAAUCUGUCAUGCUAUGUCCUCCAUAUCAGAUCCCAUUCACAUGGGUCGUCAUGGAAAACCUGCAUGACAAGUCUAGCAUUCUUCCAGACCCAGACAUUUUUACAAUCCAUAGGCAUACAGCGAUCGCGGACAGAUUUCCAAUGAAAAUACGACGUCAACAUCGUCCACUUCUCCCGGAAGUGUUUCAAAAGGUAGCACCAACAGGAGCUCCUGCGUCGGCAUUUUACCGCACCAAACCGACGCGGCCAAGCAGCUCUUCAUGGAAAAGCAGGAGCUGUUGCGGCAGCGCUACCUGAAGUUAGAGCAACAGUGCGAUUCCGUUUGCGGGAAAAAGUUUGCCUACAUUCUUGCGGAGGACGGGGACGGCGGUGGUGCUGUAAACAAGAAGGGCGGCGAGACUUCGCUUGCUCAUGCGAAGAAUGCCGGAGCGUGAAGAAGUUCUUGAGAAUAAGGGAUAAAUGUAUGUGUUUGUGUCCUGUAAUGUGACUGUUUCUUUCUUUUGCAAUGCAUCGAUAAAACACCUCCGACGCCGGAGCGCAUUGAGUUUGCUUUCGCCACACUUUUGGACUUCAUUUCCAAUGCGAGAUAAACAGACGAGACGGCGCGUGCCUGAAUUUCGUAGUGGAC